GAUCUGGCCCUGCUCACAUGCCAGCAGAGCUUAGCAUUUGGUCAGCUCGAUCCAUUAGCCGGGUUUUGGCUGGAGCCAGGUCUUGGGCAGCUCGCCUCUAGGACCAAGGCUAAGAGGUGCUUUAUGCAAGGUGUAACGUGCAGGGGCUGUGGAAUACAGAACCUGAGUUUAGCUCCUCAGGUACCUGAAGGGGUGGAAUCCGCUGACCUUAAAAUCCUGGCAGAGCCAGAACAAACUUGUUCUUGAUAAUGGUGCUGAUGAGCUGUUUGCAGGCGCACCUAGCGGAUGACAAGGUUGCGGCCCCAUUGUGCUGGUGAUAUGCUAACAUAUGAGACCGUAUAUAAACCAGUGAAAUCCCCCAGUAUGAACAUGAAUUUCUGAAAACUCCUUCUGUCAACAUCAAUCUCUCUUAAGUUGCUCCUGGGAUACAGCUCAAAAUGAAGUUCAUUCCAGCAGGUGUUGUCCCCUUGCUGUUGAUGAUCCACUGCAGAUUGGUGGUUGGCAAGGCACUGCCAGUGAACACCCCCAGCCCCAUGUGUGAAAACAUGCACGUGUGCAAACCCAACGUGGCUGAGCAGACCCGGAAGCUAGUGGUGCUGCUCAAUGCGACGGCUCAGGAUCUCUUCAGCAUCUAUCUGGACUGCCAAGGCGACCCAUUCAGCAGCCACCUGGAUGAACUCUGCAAUGCCAACGGAACCAACUUCCCUGACUUCCAUGUGAACCGAACCAGCCAUAAGAAGGAGAUCAUGGUGGCCUUAUACAAGGUCUUUGCCUUCCUGAACGCCUCGCUGGGCAACAUCACCAGGGACCAGGAGGAGCUUAACCCCACGGCCAAGGAGCUACUGGAGCGGCUCCACAACACCACCAAGACCACGCGGGGCCUGAUCUCCAACCUGACCUGCCUGCUGUGCACCAACUACAAGGUCUCCCAGGUGGACGUUACCUACGGCAAGAGCAGUAAGGGCAUGAACGUCUUCAAGAAGAAGCAGCAGGGCUGCCAGGUGCUGAGGAGGUACGUGCAGGUCAUCUCCCAGGCAGCACAGGUCCUGCUACCUCACCUCUCGCAGGCGUGAGCUGCCAGACAAAUGGACCCUGCCACUCCCCCAGGGCCUGCUGAGCCUGACUGCGGAGGGAUCAGUGCAGCACAGCUGAGGUGAGCGGGGAUCUGAGUCAGGGGCAUCUGAGAGGGCAUAUGACAACCAGCUACAGACUUCGGAGGGCAAGGAGGCGAUUGCCCUUAUGUCAGCCCUCUUGGUUUGGAAAGCCCCUGACUUUUAAGACACUCAGCUUUCAGGGAAUCCAUCCAUCCAGUGGGGCUGCAGUGGCUCCCUGGCGUGGGACUGGCUCCUCCUUGACAACUGCCUCCAUCAAGCCCUCUAUGCUUGCCCAGGGCACCUCCGGUCUCUUCCUUCACGGGUGGUCUAUUAUUAAUAAGCCUUGUUUGCUUCCUAUUUAUUAUCUCCCCCCAAUCCCUUUUGUAAUAUUGCUCCCCCAGCGCCGUUAUUUAUUUGAAUGUUAAUGAGGGUGAGUUCUAUCAUGUUUGUCUGGUAUUUUAAUUGUGUCUUUAUGACGCUGUUCAGUGCCCAAGUGCCUUAGGGAGAGGGCGCGUUAUAAAUUACCUGAAUU